CAAGAGAAACCGAGAGCCCAGAGGGGACAUGCCUGCUGAUGUGAAUUUGCCCCAGAGGCCUCAGGUCCUGGGUCCAGUGGAGCAGGAUGGAUCAUGUGAGGGAUUGGUGUCAUUUGAGGACGUGACCAUGGACUUCAGCAGGGAGGAGUGGCAGCAACUGGACCCUGCCCAGAGAUGCCUGUACCAGGAUGUGAUGCUGGAGAUCUAUAGCCACCUCUUCUCCGUGGGGUAUCACAUUCCCAUCCCAGAGAUCAUUUUCAGGAUGGAAAAAGGAAAGGAGCCAUGGAUAGGGAAGGCCGAACUCCCACAUCAGAGGCGUCAAGAAGGGGAGUUUGGGCUUGAAACCCCACAACAGGAAAUUUCUGAAAAAGCUUCAUUUCACAGUGAUAUGGCAGGUGAAGUCACAAGAGAUGGUUCAUGGUGUUCCAUUUUAAAAGAACUGUGGAAAGAUGCUGACUGUACAAAGAAAGAUCAGCAAAAUCAAAAUAAACCUUCACAUCAUGGGGCUUUCCCUAAUAAGAAAAUACUGAAGCCAAAGAAGGAUUGUGAACAUAAGGACCCAGGAAAAAUAAUUCACGUGGGGCCCCACCAUGUUUCUUCCCAAAAAAGACCUCAUAAACGUUGCUCAUUUGCAAAAAGCUUGAAGCCCAACCUAGAAUUAAAUCAUCGACAUCAAAGCAAUACCACAAAACCCCUUGAUGAGAUUGCUGGAUCUGGUCAGCUGUUCACCCAUAGCUCUUCCAAUGCUAGCAGCAAGAAUAUUCAUACAGAAGAGAACUUCUGUGAAGGUAAUCAAUGUACAAAAGUCCACAGCCAUAAACAGUCACUCACACAACAUCAAAUUCACACUCGGGAGAAACCAGAUAAAUGUACCGAAUGUGGAAGGGACUUCACUCAGAAGUCACACCUCCUUGAGCAACAGAGAUUCCAUAGUGUAGAAAACCUCCAGGAAUGCACCAAAUGUGGAAAAGCCUUCACCCCACAACUAAAACUCGAUGUAUAUCUGACAGAUCACGCAGGUAAUGUACCUUAUAUAUGUAAGGAAUGUGGAAAGGUCUUUGUUCAGAAGUCAGAAUUGAUUACACACCAGAAAACUCACACCAGAAAGAAGCCCCAUAAAUGCCCUGAAUGUGGAAAAACCUUUUUCCAGAUGUUAUCUCUCUUCAGGCAUCAGAGAACGCAUACUAGAGAAAAACUCUAUGAAUGCAGUGAAUGUGGGAAAGGCUUCUCCCAGAAUUCAACCCUCAAUAUACAUCAGAAAAUUCAUACUGGUGAACGACAGUAUGCAUGCAGUGAAUGUGGGAAAGCCUUCACCCAGAAGUCGACACUCAGCUUACACCAAAGAAUCCAUUCAGGGGAGAAGUCCUAUGUAUGUAUUGAAUGCAGGCAGGCCUUCAUCCAGAAGGCACACUUGAUCGUGCAUCAAAGAAGUCACACUGGAGAGAGACCUUAUAAGUGCCACAACUGUGGGAAAUCCUUUAUCUCGAAGUCACAACUCGAUAUACAUCGUCGAAUUCAUACUGGGGAGAAACCUUAUGAAUGUAGUGACUGUGGAAAAGCCUUCACCCAAAAGUCACACCUCAAUAUACACCAGAAAAUUCAUACUGGGGAAAGACACCAUGUAUGCAGUGACUGUGGGAAAGCCUUCAACCAGAAGUCAAUACUUAGCAUGCACCAGAGAACUCACACUGGAGAGAAGCCUUACAAAUGCAGUGACUGUGGGAAAGCCUUCACUUCCAAGUCACAAUUCAAAGAGCAUCAGCGAAUUCACACCGGAGAGAAACCUUAUGUAUGCACUGAAUGUGGGAAGGCUUUCAAUGGUAGGUCAAAUUUCCAUAAACAUCAGAUAACUCACACUAGAGAGAGAACUUUUGCCUGUUACAAAUGUGGGAACACCUUCAUCCAGAAAUCUGAGUUGAUUACACAUCAGAGAACUCAUAUUGGAGAGAAACCUUAUGAAUGCUGUGACUGUGGGAAAUCCUUCAGUAAGAAACCACAACUCACAGUGCAUCAACGAAUUCACACAGGAGAGAGACCCUACGUAUGUUCUAAAUGUGGGAAGACCUUCAACAACAGAUCAAAUUUUAAUAAACACCAAACAACUCACACCAGAGACAGAUCUUACAGAAGCAGUUAUUCUGCUGAAAAACUUUACCCAGAACUCAAUUCCUAGUAUGCAAAAGCAUAUUUAUAAAUGAAGCAAACUCUGAAUUUCUUGAAGAAAAAAAUUUCAUGGGUCCGAUCUAAGCAUGUGAAAUAAAAUUCACACUUCAGAAAAACUCUAGGAACACACUGCAUGUCACAAAGUUACACAUUAAUUUACAUGAGGGAAAUUACUCAGAAAAGAACUUUUAAGAAUGAGUGGAACUGUCUAUAUUUGUACUAGCUUCGUUAAGAAUUAUAAAAUUACUCUGGGGAAGAAACCCUGACUAAUGCAUUGAGAAAAGUAUUUCUAUAGAAAGUAGUACAAGACAGAUUGUUAUCAGAUUAUUUAUAGGAAAGUGUUGGAAAUUAGAUUAAUUAUAACCAAUGUGCCAGCAAACUGAAUGAUGACCACACAGUAUUAUGUAUGUACAUUUAUAUGUGUUUGCAUAUUUAUAUAGAUAUGCAUGCAUAUAUAUGCUAUGUCCUUAGUUCUGUAGUGUUUGCUACAGAAUUCACUGCAUAAUAGGUGUAGAUAGGUUAUAUAUAUAUUUUUUAAAGAAGCUAAUUGUGUUUAUCAAAUUUAUUCCCUAUUGAAUAUUUAUAUCCUGAUGUUGCACAGUCAAUAAUUAUUAAUUUCUUUUUAUAUAGACACAUGAAUGUACAC